ACGAAUUUGUGAAAAAAAUAUAAAUACAUAAAAUAAAAUACAUAAUAUAACUAAAUAAAAAAAAAAUUUUUAAACGAACAGCGGGGACUAACCACAACAAAUUAAGAAACUUAAUAUCAACAAUAAUGAAUGGGUAUUUAUAGCAUGUACGCGUUUUUUGCAGAUGUUAAUGGAAUUUGUCAUUGUGUCCUUACAAUAUUAAAAAUAUUAAAAAUAUUGUGUCCACGAAAUUUGCCAGAGGGAAAUCUUUUAACUGAUAAAACAUUCGCGCUUACAUACGAAAACCUCUCAACAUAUCCACCUACUACUUAAAAUUAAUUUAGAAAAGCAAUCUCUUCCUUCUUUCUAUUCUCAAAAAUACAUCUCUUUCUCACUUUUAAUUUAAUUUCUCAAAAAAUAAAUACUUCAAUUAUUUAAUGUUUUUUGUGUGUAUAUAAAUAUAUAUGCCUUCGCCUCCGAACUACUCUGAGGUAUUGGAAAGUACGGCAAGCGUCUUGCCGGAAAAUUUUAUGACUGAUAAGCGUCGCCCGGAAACUCGUGGCAGUUUAAUACGAACGCACUACACCUACAACUAUUGAAAUAAUAUAAAAAACUGAACUAACACAAAAUUUUAUUAAUUAUACAAUUACAACGACUUCUAAACUCUUCCAGUUAAUUUAAGAUAAACACAAAAAUGCCAUAUAGCGCCAGUUGUCUUAUUUUACAACGUUUUGUAGUACCGUUUGUGCUCACAGUAGCGGCUUUAAUGCGGCCGGUCGGUAUAUCAUUUGUAUAUAUGUUCCUGUUCUUCCUGUCGCCUUUUGUGCCUCUGGCGAGACCUGGAAAUUUUAAAGGCUCUCUUCUUGCUUUUACAAUUAUACACUUAACAAUAAGUGUACUAUUGAUGCUGUGUCACAUAAUAUUGCAAACGACCGCCUUUUUAUUAGAUUUUGGCCCAAGCGGUACCUGUGCUCCUACAGAAUAUUUAUUAAGACAUUUGGGCUUUAUAAGGUUUGAUAGUGAAUUAAGUUGGUGGCGCAUACUACAUUGGCUGUUGCCAGAGAUACUCAUGGUACCGGUUGCUUUGGGUACAUUUUUGGCGGUUAGAUCAAACACACGUGUUCAACAACCGUUAUUAAUUGAAAGCGGGGAAAUUCCUGUUAUCGCUAGUGACAUGGAAGAUGAGCAGGGAUUCGCCAGGCCUUCAAGAACGCCAACACCAACAACGCGUACUGCAACUAGAGGACAAAAUGAAAAUCGAACAGAAGAAAGACAAAGAGCUGGCCUUACGGAAGAAAAACAAAAGUCGUUUCUGGAUAGGCUUAUAUUGCUUUCUCCAAUAUUUUGUAUGAUGCUAUUACUUUGUACCAGCAUUUUACGCCCUUCAGUGCCGGGUGGUAUUUAUUUUCUAGUUUUCUUAUGUUCCGGCACGUAUAUAUCAACAUACAGAUCUCUACGAGUUCAUUUUGCAAGAUUUUUACGGCUAGUAUUAUUGAUUAUAAUUGUGCAUGCUCUGUGCAUAGUCCUUUAUCAAACACCUUUCCUGCAAACGGAAUUGCCUGAAGAUUCUUUAGUGGCACGCUUAAUCGGGUUGGAGCCGUUAUUAAAUUCCAGCUGCGAUGGAGACAUACGAAUUAUUACAAUUGAAACUAAAUUUGGCGGUGAUUCUUUCUUGAAUCCUAUUAUGUUAUUCAUAGCCUAUCAUGUUUUAGCAUUAACUAGCAAAAAUCUCGCCGUACGGAGGAUUGUUCCAAAACCGACCACCGCGUUUAGUCAGGAAAUCGACAGCAAUAACACCAACAAAAUACAACGUCAAAUAUCACUAAUAACACGAACAACAGGUGGUAGUAAAAAGGAUAGUAAUUGGAGUAAAACACAAUGCUUAAAUGUGUCCUUACGACGUGAACAUCAAAUUAAAAAAACCGAACCGACUGAAACGACACCUCUUAUGCAUACGAAGCCACCAAAUCAUAACCGAACGCCUGAAAUUGACCGUUCGUCAAGUGCUGAAUUAAGGAAAAGCACGUAUGAGUUUCUAAGGCAAUCCGACAGAUUGCCGACAAGAGUUGAUAUUGGGGAGCAAAUCAUAUACACUAUAACUAGCGUUGCGAGUUUUAUAUAUCGUAAUAGUUUUAUAUUCACCAACGUUAUGAUGAUGGCAUGGUCCAUAAUCUAUCAUAGCUGGUUAACAUUUGCUUUAUUGCUAUGGGCCAAUGUUCUAUGGAUGAUACCCAAUCAACGUAUGGCGAUGUUGCGAUCUAGUCCUUUUAUAGUAAUGUACGCCGAACUGUUAUUAUUAUUGCAGUACAUUUACAGCAUGAAUUUGACUGAUGAUGAAUUACCGUCCAGAUUGACCUCGGGCGGCAUUAAUUUAGAACAAAUUGGUUUGCAACGCCCUCAAAAUUACGAUACGCCACCCUAUUCGGCUUUAUUAGUUAAAACAUGUUUUCUACUCAUGUUUUGGAUAACGCUAAGGCAGUUCUUUAAAGAGAAAAGCGAAACAACUCGUGAAAACACUUUAGGUGAUAUAUUUUCACCUAUAGGAGACUCCACCGAAAUGCAGCGAACGAAAUCCACAAAUAUUAUGAAGAGAAUCGGUGAAAUGAUAAAAAACUUAUUUGUACGCUUAUGGAUUUGGGUCUUACUAUUUGCUAUCUUCAUGUGCGCCAUAACCGGACGACAUAUGACGGGGUUUCGUAUAUGCUACAUGGCUAUGUUUCUAUUUUUUUUGCUUGUAUUCCAAACAUCUCCUACGGCAUGGCUACGUAUAAUGUAUGGUUUCUGGUUAUUCCUAAUUUUCUAUGCCAUGUUCAUACUGAUAUUAAUCUAUACAUAUCAGUUCGAUAAGUUCGAUCAAUAUUGGGAGGAUUAUUUUCAAUUAACGAAAACAAUGCAAGGUCCAAUUGGCUUGGAAAUUUAUAAAACUAAAGAUUUGUUUCUGCAUUUAUUAGCACCUACCUGCAUUGUCAUAUUGACAGUUAUACAGGUGCAUUAUUUCCACCGGCGUUUGGUGAUUUCGAUGACCGUACCAGCGAAGAUAGAGAAGCCGGAAAGACGGCGCCGCUCUAAAAGCCCAAUACGGCCAUCUUUGAUACGUACAUUCCUUAAACGAGUUCUUUAUAAAUUAUGGAUUUUUUACAAGAAUUUAAAGGACAUAUCUUGGCGUAUCUUGGAAUUGCAUUGGAUUAAAGUCGUCUACGGAUCAGCAUUCUUUUGUGCCGUUUCUGAGCAAACGAUUUUACAUUUGCCAUUCGUAAUGUUAUGUCUACAGGGAAGCGUUUUGCGUACAAAAGUGAAAAUAUAUUUGAGCCGUUUAGUAUCGUUAGUGGUUGCUAUUAUUGUUUUAUCGAAAAUGGUCUAUCAAGUAAAUGUUAUAGAUGAAAAUAUAUAUAAUGUCAGCUGUCCUAAUGAUACGGAGACGUAUAAUUCUGCGGCAUGGUUUGGUUUGAAAAAGCAAACUGAAGAUCAAGGUUUAGUUAGUAUAAUAAGGAAAUAUAUUAUUUAUAUGAUCGUUGCCACCAUACAAUCUAUUAUAUCAAUAAGACAGUAUCAAGCACGUCGUUUGAAAGGCUUAGAAAAGCAGCCUCCACCUAAAUUUGUAUUCGAAGGUAUAAAACGAGAAGAUGCCGAGGUCAAUUUGCCAGGCAUGCUGAAAUAUUUAGUCAACUAUGGUUACUACAAAUUUGGCUUUGAGAUGUGUUUAAUUGCUUUGGUAGCUUUAAUGACUUUUCGACGUGAUAUAAUUGCUAUGAUUUAUUGCACAUGGCUGCUUGUGCUUUUAUUGAUAGGACGCAGCAAGUGUUCACGUUUGUGGCGCGUUUUUGAAAUUUUUAUUUUCGUUUCCUUGCUGGUGCAAUAUUUAGUGACAUUGGGUUUACCACCUUCUUUAUGCUUAGAGUAUCCGUGGACAGAAUUGGCAUAUUCUGGUUCUUUGCAAAAGUGGACUAUGUUGCCGGGCUUUUUACACCACGAUCAUUCUGAUAAAUUGAUGAUGGAGUACAUAUUGUUGAUGAUGGUGAGUCGGCAGUCGCAUGUAUAUAAAUUGGAAAGACAACCAAAUAAUCAAGGCGGCAGUAAUAAAUCUGUAGUUAAGGAUAUACAAAACUUGGGAAAAGUGAACUUUCAUAAUCCUACACAUGAUUUCCUAUCGCAAAUUCGCAAUUAUUUGGAUGUAGUUAAAUAUACUGUACUUUGCGGUUUUUUUUGGAUAACGCUGGGAACAGUUUUCUUGGCUGGCACAAAAAUAGCUGAUUUUUUUGCUAUUGGUUAUAUAAUUGGUGCUUGUGUAUUUUUGUGGGAGGGUUCGGAUUUCUAUUUGCGACCUAUUAACAAGAUUCUAAGACGGUGGAGAUAUUUACUCGCGUAUAACGUGGCGAAUAUUGUGAUAAAAACUUCCUUGCAAAUGGGCGGUUGUCUAUUUUUAAAUGAAAUAACUCAAGUUUGCUGCUGGUGUGUCCACGUAUUUGGUAUUAACUGUGCAAUCAAUAAUUAUAUGAUGGUAACAGAGAAGGAUUUUGUGCAUGGUAUAAACGAAUGUCCGUUUAUACCAUAUCAACCGAUUUUAGUUUGGGACGCAAUAUGUUUCGCCUUUCUUAUCUUCCAAUUACGUAUAUUUCGUUCACAUUACUUCUGUCACAUCAUCAACGAAACCAGAGCUAACAAUAUACUGGCGUCCAGAGGUUUUGAAAUUAUUGAGCGCCUGAGGCAUAAACAAAUUGAGAGACGUCAACAGAAUGAGGAAUUGGUGUUGCAAAAAAUCAAACGAAAAAUGGAAAAAAUCCGAGCAUCGCAUCAAAAAAUCCUAAGACCUUUAGAAAAGCCUACAUACUACGACGAACAUGGUAUGCCAGUUUAUAAAAAACCUCCUAAAGUAAAAGAGGUCAAAGUGCAUCCCAGAGCUAUGCGUUCCGGUGACUAUUAUAUGUUUGAAGAUCUUGAAGAUAAAUUCGAAUUAGAUUUGAUACCUGACACGCAUGAUUUAGCAGAUACCGACACCGAAAAUAUAACGCAAAGUGAUUUAAAAAUGAAUCGUCGUAAAACAUUAUAUGAUGAAAGCCAAAAACCUAAAUCCAAAGAAUUGGACCACACGCCCACAACGGCUACUGAUGGCGCUGGUCCUUCCACAAGUAAAGCCGCGUCCAAAAAGUCCCCAACACAACCAGACGAAGACGCGACCAGUGCUAGUAGUGCUGAUUCGGAUGCGAUUUUCAAAACAAACCCCGUUAUACGUUUAUUUGGGGGCUACUUUGCCGCGUUGACCAUACGACUAAAUCGAUUUUCCCGCAAUUUUCGUUAUGUUAAUAAAAUACUGACCGAAGAGAAAAGAGCUCUAAAGGAAUCUAAAAAUUUUUAUGUGUUUAGAGGACGUUUUGAUGAUAAGCAAACAGCCGAAUUUAUCGAAAUGCUGCGAAGAGCUUCCGAAAGCAGUGAAGAUUCACAGAAAAUGAGGGGAAGUGCUGCGUAUGCACGAAAUCUUGCAAUAGCUUCUAGCAGUGAACAGACACUAUCACCAUACACAUCAUCGUCACGAUCACGAUUAACUUUGGAAGCAUCUUCACAAACACUACGAACAGAACAAAUGCAAACACAAACAGAUAAACGACAUAUAGAAGAACUCAUCGAUGAAGAAGAACCUAAAUACGUUUCUCGACUAACGCAAACUACGUCAGACUUAGACUCCGAGACAGCUUCUGAAACCAGCUUAGACACACAAAAACCAAUAACAUCAUCAUUUUCAGAAACUCCUAUGCCAUCAUCGCAAGAUGUUGUCGCUAGCGGUAAAAGCUUAGAGGAUGAAAGUAGAGAUCAGCCACAAAAACCUCCGAGAGGGCGUAAAUCAGAGCCUUUACCAGAAAUUCGUAUAAAGGCUGCUACAACUGAACGCAGACGUCGUUCGUCAGGCUCAUUUAUAGAUAAACAGUGGCCUCAAGAUGAGAAGCUCGACAGCAAUGAAUAUGCGUUUGAAGAAGACACUUUUACGUCACGUGACCAUCACAUCCUUAUAGAAGUUUUAAUAUCAGCAUGGUAUGCUAUCAUAUCUAACACGGAUAUCAUAUGUUAUAUAGUGAUCUUUGUACAUCAAAUAGUUGAGGCCGAUUUAUUAGCAUUACCAUUGCCCUUAAUGGUGUUUAUGUGGGGCACAUUAUCGUUGCCUAGACCUACGAAAACCUUUUGGGUUACCCUUAUUGCUUACACUCAAGCUGCCGUGUUAAUUAAGUGUAUUUUUCAGUUCAAAUUGAUUUGGAUCAAUUAUGCCCACACUGUAUCGAGUAGUCCAUUGGGCAUUCAAGAACUGUUCGGCGUUGAAUUCGAUCCGAACUAUGCUAUCUAUGACUUGUUAGUACUGUUAGCGUUAUUCUUUCACAGAUUCAUUUUAAAAUCGCAUGGCCUUUGGAAAACGGAUGUUGUUAAGACUGUGAUAAUUGACAGUAAAAGGCUAACAACGCAAGACCAAACAAUAUCACCGGCUGAUGAGGCGUUAUUUGGAGACAAAGAAUAUGACAGAAGAUAUGGACCGAGCCCUCCUUACGGUGGUCCUCGUUUUCGAUACUGCAAUGCCUUACUAACCUUUUUUCACAAUUUGUUGCACAAGAGUCGCUUGCCAAGCGAUAUCUAUGCCUUUAUGUUCUUUUGCGAUUUCAUAAAUUUCUUUAUAUUACUUUUUGGAUUUACAGCGUUUACUUCCAGGCAGGCAGAACCAGGCGAAGAAGGUGGUGGUGUUCAAUCUUAUUUAUCUGAGAAUAAAGUUCCAGUAUCAUUUUUAAUCAUGUUGUUGGUUCAAUUUUUACUUAUAAUUAUUGAUCGCGUAGUGUAUUUGCGUAAAGCCUUAAGGGUUAAGAUCGUGUUCCAUUAUAUAUCGGUGGUAGGGGUACAUGUGUGGAUGUUUUUGCUUCUACCAUGGGUUACCGCACGUCCUUUCUACAGCUCAGCUCCGCCCAUAAUAUUUUACUUAUUUAAAUGUUUUUAUUUAUUAGCCUCAGCAUACCAAAUUAAAUGCGGCUAUCCUAACCGUAUACUUGGUAAUUUCUUAACAAAAAGCUUUACAGUGCUAAACAUGGUGGUUUUUAAAAUUUACCUGCUGAUGCCGUUCCUUUUCGAAUUGCGCACAAUAUUAGAUUGGUUGUGUAUCGAAACAACAAUGACUCUUUUCGAGUGGUUAAAAAUGGAGGAUAUGUUUGCUCUGGUUUAUUCGUAUAAAUGUGUUAGACAAAUGGAAGCAGAUUUUCCAGCACCCCGUGCAACACCCAAAGCUCUCUACUUAAAAGUAAUGGUUGGCGGUGUGCUAUUUUUGGUCAUAGUCACUUUAAUUUGGCUGCCACUCAUACUUUUUGCUCUCUUUAAUGCUGUGGGUGAGCCGAAUAUACCCACGGAGGUCAGUGUUUCCAUACGUCUUGGCUCCUUUGAUCCUAUAUACACCGCCACUACUAGAGAAAGUACUUCUCCCUUUGAUGAUGCAAUGUUUGAUAAGAUAAAGAACUUGUAUGCAGCGGAGCGAGGUGCGCAAUCAUUUUUAGUGGGCUACAAUGCGCCCGAUGUUGCAGUCACAAAGCUAAGUGCAAAUUCACCAUCAAUGUGGAAUAUAGCGCCACCGGAUAAGAAAAAGCUGAUUGCUGACUUGACAAAUAGUAGUAACACAUUAUAUAUACGUUUCGCGUACACUAUAACACGAAAAUCUCCGAGCCGUAAUGAAUUAGUAACGGUCAGUUCAGAAAUUGUGCAAGGCUUAAAUGAGAGCUACCCCGAUAGGAAGAAUAUGAUAUCAAUGUUGGAGGGGAAUUCGUCGACGCAUAGUGUAAGGGUGCCACUCUUGGUACCGAAGUUCAUCAAAGUAAUCAACACAGGUGAUCUUUCGUAUAUACCAAUGUUGCUAAACGGUCAUCAAUUUCGCGAUUUGGAAUUAAGUAUAAAUACGUUCGGGAGUACUCAGUGGUGGGAGAUUUCUGAUUGGUGUGGUGACGACGACGAUACAGUUAUUCUAGAACAGUGGCCGUCUUUCGAUUGCACGUCAGGUGUUACUAUUUACACGUUUAAUGAUAAAAAAUUUCCUUCCGCAUUAACUUUUUUAACAGCAGGCGGAAUUAUUGGUCUGUAUACUUCAAUCGUUAUUGUUGCUUCACAAUUUUUGAAGACUAUUUUGGGCGGUGCCAGCUUAAGAAUUAAGUUUGAAGAUAUGCCUUACGUCGACAGGGUGCUGCAACUGUGCCUUGAUGUUUACUUGGUUCGUGAAGCAAAAGAAUUUAUGUUAGAAGAAGAUGUGUACGCAAAGUUGAUGUUCUUAUUCCGUUCGCCUGAAACUAUGGUUAAAGUGACGAGACCGCGUGAUGAUGCUGAGGAUGAAACUGACACAGAAUCGGUGCGUAGUAGAGGCAGUGGUCGACGCAACGAGCAUCCUCAACCCCAACAGAUAGUGUCUUAAAUGCAUAAAAUAAAUAAAAAUAAAAAAAAAACAAAGAAACCAAACCGAUGCCAACACACGUCCAUAUUAAUACUACAUUGAAGAAUAUUUCUCGACAAUUACAUUCACUUUCACAUAUUCCUUAUAUAUUAAGUUAGUCUUUCUUUUCUCUCUUCAUUUAUUCUAUUUUUGCAGAGAGCAAGACUUCGUUUAUAAACUGCCGAUGACAAAUUAAGUUAAAACCAAGAAAAGAAAAUACUAAUAACGUAGUUUAGAAGAUACAUUAAUUCAAAUAAUAAUAAGCAACAAGGAAUUGAUGAAGUUUUGACAAGAAAUUGGCUUGGGAGAACGUUGAAAAGAAUGAGAGAGAGAAAGAGACAAACAAUACAUAACAGAUGACUUAUGUUCCGUUCAGGUUAUGUUUCCCUUGUCUAUAAUUUUUGCUUAUUUGUUUAUCACAUCGUUUUAUCCGUUUUCUAUUUUUUGUCUUGUACACUUUUAUGCUUUAAGCUUAACAUACCGUCGUUCUUAUUUUGUUUUUGUUUUCCGUACCAUUUUGUUUCUAAAUAAUCAUUGAGAGCAUUGUUUGAUCUAAUUAUGGAUUUGUUUUUUUUUUAACCCUAUAAGCGUAUAUAUAUGAUUGUUGUUAUUAUGAAAAUUACC